AUGGGUCUGAUUCUCCAGAAUAAUUUAACAGCUCGUGAAUUUUAUCCUAGCGGGCAAGCACUAGCGCUAAUAGCUCUGCCGAGGCAUCAGCGGAGCGGAUGCCCAGAAAUCCGCCGGGACUCUCUUUCAAACGCAAAUAAGUUACCAAAAGAGGAUAUUAGUGACAUCCAUUCACAUCAGCGAAGAAGAUUCCCUCUACGCACCGUGGAAGGCAUAAGUGUAGCACCUGGAGUUAUAGUUUGCUAA